AUGGCAGUUGCCGCAGCCCUCGUAGCCAGCGCACCGCUUACAUAUUGCUUUGUUAGGUUCAUUCAUGUUGCCCCGUGGGUACACACGGGAGGCAACUCUGGCACCGUAACCCCGUCCCGCCUGAAGACCUUGAGCCCUCCGGCGAACAAAACCGUCACAAAAUCUAUAUCCUCGCCGCAACUUAAGAAGUUCGCCAAACCUCUAUUCGAGCGCUCCGACAGCGAAGUCCUCAACACGAUACCGGAUCCUCGGGCGGCAACGCCAGUACCGGCUAUAACGCGCAACAACUCGACCGACUCCACCAUGCACCCCGAUCUCAGCCAGGAAGUCGCUACCCUGAGCACAAAGCUGAUCGAUGCGAUCAAUCACCAGACCAAGCUGGAUGACAGCCUGCAGCAAACGCGCCAUGAGCUGGACAAGGCAAGGACAAGGCUGGCGCAGUUGGAGCUGCAGGUCAAGGUUCAUGAGCAAAAGGUCGCGCAAGGUCUGCUGGUAGAGAAGGAGGUCUACGACAAGAUGGAGAAACAAAUGUCAAGCGAACUCAGCGAUGAGAGGCGGAGGCGGAUAGAGGCGGAAAAGGCGAAGAGGAAAACCGAUAACGAGGUCGAGACUUUGACGACGGCGCUUUUCGAGGAAGCCAACGGGAUGGUAUCGGCCGCACGGAAAGAAACCGAGGCGUCCGAAAAGCGCAACGACCAGCUCAAGCAGCAGCUCAACGAUGCGGAAGUCCUCCAGAGCUCGAUGCAAGAGCAACUGCAGGACCUCAAAGGUGUCUUGGAAAGGAUGAGCGCACAUGGCGACGACGAGAGCAACACUCUGGCGACGACCACCGCGCCAUCAACGCCUGGCAUCACACCUGCGGACAAGAUGAGCAAAAUGUUCGACACAAACGGCCAACCACCGAACACACCUGGUUCUGACGAAAUCUCUCCCAAUCAUCCUCUUCACUUCACGCACCUUGUCCACCCGGUUCUUCGAUCUGAUCUCACAUCGAUCAAGGAAUUCCAGGAGAUGCUUAAGAUCAGCUCUCGAUCUGCGCCCAACAGCCGUGUCUCAAGUGGCAACUACAGCAGUCUCAACGUGCUAGGACUAGGAUCUCUGACCAACAACUCUACCAGUUCUCUUCCCCUCUCAAAGUCGCCCAACUCCGUAGGCGCCAACUCGCCGCGGGAGUCUCUUGCUGGCGCAGCUAAUCUCAAGGACGAGAAGUUCUACAAGCGAUCUUUGUCCGAGGACAUUGAGCCUACACUGCGUCUUGACAUCGCUCCCGGACUCUCUUGGAUGGCACGUCGCACAGUCUUGAAUAGUAUCACAGCUGGCUCGUUUGUAGUCGAGCCGGCUCCUCCUCCACCCAAAUUCCGAGGGGCAAUCUUCCCCUGCUCCCUGUGUGGGGAGGUCAGGAAAGGCGAUGAAUAUGCUAGGAAGUUUAGGUUCAAGUCGUCCGAGAGUGACGACACGCGUCAUCCACUGUGCGAUUGGUGUCUCGGAAAGGUUCGGAGCACCUGUGACUACAUCAGCUUCCUGCGGAUGGUCGCUGCGGGACAUUGGAGGGCGGAGAGCGAAGAAGAGAAGAAGGCGGCUUGGGAAGAGAGCGUCCGUUUACGAGAGCGUAUGUUCUGGUCUCGGAUCGGCGGUGGUGUGAUCCCAGCAUUUGUUGCCAGCCGAGAUAGUCCGCGAAGCCCGACGUUUGCGAACGGCACCGACACCCGAGAUGUGACUCGAAAGAGUGAGGAGAGCCAGCUCUCUGAUAAGCCUUUGGAUUCUGCAGUUGACAUGACCGAACCGACGGGUGGAGCACGAAAAAGCGAGGACGAUCCAUUCCAGUCGAAGGGCGAGGACAAUGUGAAGAGGGUGUCCAUCGGCAAGACAAUCAUCUCCAGCGAACCUGCCUCCGAAGAGAGUUUAACGACGGAGGAAGAGAAGAAGAUUGAACAAGAAGCCGAAGCACAACUUCACGAGGAAGUCCGCAAGUCCCUAGACGUCAGGUCAGCGGAGAUCAAGAUGCAACAGCAACGGCCAGUUUCGAUGCCGCCCUCUCCACAGCCGUUGUCGAAGAAGAAGGACGAGAGAUUGAGCCUGACAAUCCCUGGGGCUUUCGAUUAG